AUGGAGAACCAAACCACAGUGCCUUACUUUCUGCUGCUAGAAUUCUCAAAAAAUCAUCAUCUACAGCUUUUGCAUUUCUUCUUCUUCUUUGUGCUAUAUCUGGCAACUGUAACCACAAAUCUUCUCGUCAUCUCUGCUGUUGCUUUUGACCAUCGACUGCACAGCCCAAUGUACUUCUUUUUAAUGAAUUUAGGUCUACAGGACCUGGGCAUUGCUUCAGUUAUUGUCCCCAAAUCCAUGAUAAAUUCUCUCUUGGACACUAGAUAUAUCUCUUAUUUUGGUUGUAUUGCUCAAGUCUUUCUCUUUCUUUUUUUUGAAGCCUCGGAAUUAUGCCUCCUGACCGUUAUGGCAUAUGAUCGGUAUGUUGCCAUUUGCAAUCCAUUGUAUUAUGAGAUGGUGAUGAAUUCAAAAUACUGUACUGAAAUAAUAAUUAUAGUGUGGAUUACGAGUUUCCUCUAUGGAAUGUUCCACACCACUGGCACCUUUUCAAUUAUUUUUUGUUCUAAUGUGAUCAACCAAUUUUUCUGUGAAAUUCCACACUUGAUAAAACUAUCCUGUUCUGGCUUAAAUCUACUUGAGGUUGGAAUUUUAGUGGUCAGUAUCAUUGCUGGACUAGGAUGUUUUACUUUUAUUGUUGUUUCUUAUAUAGUGAUCUUCAAGACAGUGUUAACAAUUCCUUCUGAAAAAGGAAGGCAAAAAGCUUUAUCCACUUGUAUUCCCCAUCUUACAGUAGUGUCUAUAUUAUUAUUAACUGGAUGCUUUGUCUAUCUGAGACCAUCCUCCAACACUCCAUCUUACUUAGAUUUUGGGUUGACUGUUCUAUAUGCCCUCGUCCCACCCCUGUUCAAUCCAAUAAUCUAUAGCAUGAGAAAUAAGAAUAUCAAAUCUGUCCUUUCUAAACUGUGGAGAUUGUGA